CGGUUGCGUGCUGUUGCGACCACUGCCCGGGAGAGGACCAACCCGAAAAUAAGGGACCCCAGCAAUAAUGGCUAAUUAUUGCGUUUUCGGUGUUACAUUUUUGCUUGCAGCAAUUUUAUUCUCACGAACCGAAUCCUACAUUUUGCGAGCCGAACCGUUGCUGCUGGAGUUCGGGACCUUCGUGGCAGCGGACAAAACGUGUUUUUUCAAGAAGAUCUUCAAGGGCCAGAAAAGUCCAGUGACGUUCAAUUUCAACAAUCCGGGAAAUACGAACAUAGACUACGUGAAGGUCGAGGUAGACCAAUUGAAGAGAACCGGGGGCAUGACCGCCGACAUCAUACGGGGUGCCACGGGAUCGAUUACAGUGUCGCUGAUGGUGUCGGAGUCCAGCGGGAAACGCGUCUUCGGAAGUAAUGCACAGGUAACGAUGAUGUGUGCUUAAUCAGGUAUUCGAUUCAUUGCGUAAACACACAAAUCUGGUGGAUAAAUGAUCGCAUGGAUUCAAGGAUCGUAGCAACCAGGGUGUCGAAUUUUAUUUGAUCGGACUUAAUUAUACAAAUGCGUAAAUAAUAAUUAGAAUAGUUAUAGUUCAUAAGUUAUUCGAUUUUGUUGUGUGUUGUAAAUUUACAUUUUUGAGCGGUCCUGCUUCACAAUAUAUUUCUUCUCUAUAUCUCCGGAAUCUUUGUGCAAUCAAGAUAGAUGAAUGAAUUUGUCACGAUAUGGAUAUAGCCUUGCCUCAGAGUGAAUCUCGCUCAGUUGCCUCGGAUUUAGAGGAAGCUGAGCAAUUCCACCGCAAUUAAUUUUUUUUUGUAUAUUUUGAUUUGGCUCAAAUUUUAUAUAAGCGUUAUUUAUGGCCAAACGAAACAAUUUGCAUCAUCCGUUUGCCAUUUUAACUCUACCCUUACUGUUGAGAAGGAAAACUGAAAACUCUUGGAAAUUUUCAAUAAUAUAGUGAAUAUAUAGAAACAGUGGGUCCGAUUGAUUUGGUAUCUUCUGCCGUAUAUUAGGUAGAUAUAAGGACUAAGUAAUAAAUUUAAUAUUGUUGAA